CAUCCUCUCUUAAGACUCUGUGGUGUGGUGCGCACUCGGUUCCAAUCAAUUUGGCCUUCAGGUAUGGCGGAGGUAGCCAAACUGACGUAUAUAGCGGUGCUGGACGAAAGAGAGAAGACAGAGAAAGGGAAAGAGUCAUUUCGGUACACGCGUGCGGUGCUGCAGAGCACUCUGCAGCUCAUGGGAUGCAAAGCUCGUCAUGCGUUUAAGAUUAGCCGAAGGGUAUUUGAAUUGAUGAAAAGUGAAUGCACUGGUGAUGGCUUGGUUCCAUCAGGAACUAACUUCUCAGGAUUGGAUACUUCAAAAAUGCAUUUUAAGAAAGAGGAUGGUUGUUCCACUGGUGGAUGCUUGGGAAAAAUAGAGGCUGGCAAUUGUUUGGUUGUAGAAAAAGAUGGUAGAAGCAAGAGCGUACCAUUUGAAUUGUACAAAAGACGCACAACUGUAGUUGUUAGACGAGAAACUUUCUUAGAUGUUGUUUGCAGUGCUCUCACUGAAUACAAGUAUAUGGGUCCCAACCAGAGGGCGGAUUUGGUUUUAGCAUGCAGAAUCCGAGAAAGGAAGGAAUCUGUAACAGUGCUGUUGUGUGGCACUAGUGGCUGUGGCAAAUCUACUUUGUCUGCAUUACUGGGUAGCAGGUUGGGAAUUACGACUGUGAUAUCUACUGACUCGAUUCGGCACAUGAUGAGGAGUUUUGCAGAUGAAAAGCAAAAUCCCCUGCUCUGGGCUUCAACCUACCAUGCUGGGGAAUGUUUGGAUCCAGUUGCUGUGUCAGAGGCAAAGGCCAAAAGGAAAGCAAAAAAAUUAGCUCACAUUUCACACUCUCGUCCUAAGGAUGAGGCAUUUGAGGGUUCCAGAACUGGGAAAUCUGAAACCCAAUCGUCAGAAGUGGGUUCUAGUACUGCUGAAUUAAUCCGUCCAAAACAGAUGGCAAUUGAAGGAUUUAAGGCACAAAGUGAGAUGGUUAUUGACAGUCUUGAUCGGCUGAUCACUGCAUGGGAAGAGCGAAAAGAGUCGGUAGUUGUUGAAGGUGUUCACCUAAGUCUAAAUUUUGUGAUGGGGCUUAUGAAGAAACAUCCGUCAAUCAUACCAUUCAUGAUAUACAUCACAAAUGAAGACAAACACUUGGAACGAUUUGCUGUUCGUGCAAAGUAUAUGACACUGGACCCUGCAAAAAACAAAUAUGUGAAGUAUAUUCGAAAUAUCAGAACAAUCCAAGAAUACCUCUGUAAUCGAGCUGACAAACAUCUGGUCCCCAAAAUAAAUAAUACAAAUGUUGAUAAGAGUGUGGCAGCCAUUCAUGCAACAGUCUUUGGCUGCCUACGAAGACGUGAGGCAGGGGAGCAACUUUAUGACCCCACCACUAACACAGUUACUGUAAUUGAUGAAGAAUACAGGAGUCAGUGUGCGGCCAAUUCAUUGAGCUCCAAGGGAAUGUUUCAACUGAUCCAAAGGCAAGGCUCUUUUAGGCAUCUGAUGGCUCUCGUUAAUACUGAUGGAUCUGUGGCAAAGGCUUGGCCUGUUGAUUCAUUGGAUGGUAAUGGGAAGCCUAUCCUGGGCAAUAGGACUGAGAAGGGAAUUGGGAUCCCUAUGUAUGGACCAUUGCAGAUUGGAAAGGCUGAACCAAUUAAUCUUCAGUUUGGUCACUUUGGGAUAAGUGCUUGGCCCAGUGAAAGUUGUGGUACAAGUCAUGCUGGAAGUGUUGAUGAGUCAAAAGGUGAUGGAACUGAGACUAGUAGUAGAUAUUACUCUUCUUGCUGCAGCUCACCAAGGAUGUCUGAUGGACCUUCCAAGGAGCUGAAGGAGGAACAUUCAGUGUUUGGCAGUGAUGAAGAGGUUGAUGAUCCACCUGAGGUGGACAGUGAUGAGGAUCUCAGCGAUGACGCCAACAAGCUGAUCCAUGAGGAGGAGGGCUCAGUUGAUGAGGAAUCUACAAAAUCAGAUGAAGAAUAUGAUGAUCUGGCAAUGCAGGAUAUGCAAGAGAAUGGAGACUGGUUAGAUGAUGUUAAACUAGGGCUUGAUCAUCAGGGGCAAUCAGUAGGUAUGGUAGGUGACAGGUACAGACAGAAUCUAGACCUCUUCCUAAGGAGUAGAACAAGAAAUGAGCCGAUGUCUGAGCCACCAUGCUCUUAUGCCGGCAACUUCAAAAUGAGAAAACGUUCCCUCAGCAUUCCCGCCUUGGGGAAGCAUGGGUCAUUGAUCAAUGGUCCCAUUCUCUCUGGAGCUUCUCAGGGGUAGGACAAUUUUGCAGGGUGGUUUCAUUUUCCUGUUAUGUUGUCUCCCUGUUUCCCUUUUUUGUUUUUUUUUUUCCGUCUGCUUUUGUCUUUUUUAGAUAGAUUAUCUAGGCACUUUGUCUCUCUUUCACUUUCUUGUGCAUAGAAAUGCUUAGUAUGGUGGGAAGCACCUUGUCUCUCGUUCACUUUCUUGUGCAUAGAAAUGCUUAGUAUGGUGGGAAUUACUGGAAUGGUUUAUGAUUUGCAGUUUAUAAA